AUGAAAAGCAAGCUACUGCCCGAAUCGAGGAUAAAUUCGCUUUAUUCCGACUUCCGGAACCUUAAAGAGUUGAAUACAGAAGGAUAUGAAGCUAACAUCAGGAACUGGAGACAAGUUCUUCUGGAAGAGUUGCUGGCAGGGGAAGUGAUACUCGAGACUGGGCCUGCGCUUUUGGAAGCACUAAGUGACCCACAGGUAGGGCAGCCAAGAAGCCUCGAUGCCGUGUUGGACUUCAUGAUCGCAGAAGGAUCUUUGGUCCCAUUAGACAAGUUUAAGACAGGAGCAAAAGUGAGUUUGAUCUCUACGGUGCUGGAUUGGACUUUUGGUUCUUUCUUACCCAUUCCCCAACGUUCAAGGGGAACCAGGAUUUCGAAUUCAAAGGGCAAUUCAUAUCUGCGACGGGGACAAUAUGCGGUGCUUCCUACUAUCGAGAAAAAGUACGGUCCAUUGCAUUUGGCCAUCGUGGAACGGAUCUGUAAGAAGGCAGUAAGAUAUUCGGAUCUGGUCUUUUCCAGAGGCAACUUUUGCAAGAAAGUAGGUUUUGCUGGUCAUUUAAAAGAUUGGGCAGCCUACGAGACCAUGCUUGCGUACAUGGAUCACUACAAAAGCAUUAUAGUCACAGAUCUAACGACAGUCAAAGUGCGAGGAUUUGAAGUCAGUGGCAUCAUUUCAAAAUUUGAGGCAUCGACCAUCAGUGUCGACGACCAAGAGAUUGCGUCUGUAAAAGAUGCACGACAACAGUUGAAAACCCAGAUCUCGCACCUGGAAAGCAGGAUCAAAGACUCCAAAAGCCUGCUACGUGAAAAUAUCAAAGAUGAAAAGCCCAAAGAUCUCCUCAAGAUGCGAUUGCAGACCCACAAACUCUUGGAAAAAAAUCUCAAUGUGGCGUCUAAAAACCUCGCCAACGUUGAAGCAUUACUGCUGGAUAUUGAGGCCGCAAUCGACAGGGUGCAAUUGAAACAUGUUUUCGAACGAUCUAGAGAUGUUUUGAUGAGCCUUUCUUCCCAACUAGGGAGCUUGGACGAGGUCGAAAAGCUGGUUGAUGAUAUCAAUACUGAGAAGUUGAAGGGCAAAGACAUUGACAGAGUAUUUGAAGCAGAACUUAAUGGCAGGCAUGACGACGAAAUAGAGGAGGAAUUACAGAGAAUGGAUGCAGAAAUGAAGCUGGAGGAGCAGGUUCUCCAAAAACUCUCGGGAUUGAAAGUUUCUACGGACAUAGCACCGCACAAUGCGAAAGAAGACGAGCAAACAGCAAUAAAUCGGGAUGAACAAUCAUCAGUUAAAGAAGAGGAGCAGGCAGCAUCGGCAGAGCUUGACCAGUCGGCGACUGAGCACGAAGAGCGAACCCAUGAACAACAACCACUUGCGAUAUAA